AAGUUCGACCGAACCGAUAAUUCAGAGGAAUUUUCUCUUCCUCUCUCUUUUUUUGUUUGUUUCUGAGGAAAAUGUGGUUGCUUUCGUCUUCUUCUUCUUCAUGGCUCUCUGAGCUCUCCUGUUCAUCGUCGGCGGUUAUAGAACCUACUACAUCUUCAGUUCCUGUAGCAAUCCAAUGGCUCAGAUUUGUUUUACUCUCUCCUUGCCCCCAGCGUGCUCUCUUCUCCGCCGUUGAUUUUAUUUUCCUCCUCGUCCUCCUCUGCGUCGCUCUUCGCAAGCUCUUUUCUUCUUCUUCUGAAAUCAACGGAAACGCUGAGAUUAGGAAACCUCUUAUCGGAGUCAGUGGAAGAAUCCCAACCAGAACAACCGCCUGGUUCAAAACGACAGUCGUAGUCACCGUUCUACUGUCGUUUUGCUCCGUCGUGCUCUGCGUUUUGGCCUUCACGGGCAAGCGACGGACUCAAAGACCAUGGAACCUCAUAGACCCGCUCUUUUGGCUUAUUCACGCCGUCACACACGUCGUCGUCGCCGUUCUCGUCCUCCACGAGAAGAGAUUCGCUGCUCUAUAUCAUCCCUUAUCUCUACGAAUCUACUGGAUUUCGAGUUUUGUCCUCACCACUCUCUUCGCCGUCACCGGGGUUUUCCAUUUUAUCUCCGACGCCGCCGCCACGAGUCUGAUUGCAGAAGACGUCGCUUCAUUCCUCUCCUUCCCGUUAACAGCCUUUCUGCUCAUCGCCUCCGUCAGAGGAAUCACCGGCCUUGUCACAACGAAGACCAACAGUCCUACGAAACCAUCCGACGCCGUUUCGGAGGACAACGUCUCUCUCUACGCAUCUGCUUCUGCUUUCUCCAAAAUGUUCUGGUUAUGGAUGAAUCCUUUACUCAGCAAAGGCUACAAAUCUCCAUUGACGCUCGAAGAAGUUCCGACGCUCUCUCCGGAGCACAAAGCAGAGAGGCUCGCGCUUCUCUUCGAAUCGAGUUGGCCCAAACCGUCGGAGAAUUCGAGCCACCCUGUCCGUACGACUCUACUCCGAUGUUUCUGGAAGGAGAUCCUCUACACGGCGAUUCUAGCCAUCGUCCGUCUCGGUGUCAUGUACGUUGGUCCCGUCCUCAUCCAGAGCUUCGUCGAUUUCACCUCCGGCAAGAGAUCUUCGCCGUGGCAAGGUUAUUACCUCGUCCUCAUCCUCCUUGUUGCGAAAUUCGUGGAGGUCUUGACGACGCAUCAGUUCAAUUUCGAUUCCCAGAAGCUUGGGAUGCUUAUAAGGUCAACUCUAAUCACUGCACUCUACAAGAAAGGUUUAAAGCUCACCGGCUCAGCGCGUCAGAACCACGGUGUUGGGCAAAUCGUGAAUUACAUGGCCGUAGACGCGCAACAGCUCUCUGACAUGAUGCUUCAGCUCCACGCAAUCUGGCUCAUGCCUUUGCAAGUGACUGUUGCACUAGUGCUUCUUUACGGAAGCCUAGGCGCGUCUGUUAUAACCGCGGUGAUUGGGCUGACUGGAGUGUUCGUCUUCAUCCUCCUAGGGACUCAGCGAAACAAUGGGUACCAAUUCAGCUUGAUGGGAAACCGAGAUUCUCGGAUGAAGGCCACCAACGAGAUGCUCAAUUACAUGCGAGUCAUCAAGUUUCAGGCUUGGGAGAAUCAUUUUAACAAGAGGAUCCUUAAAUUUAGGGAGAUGGAGUUUGGUUGGCUAUCCAAGUUUCUCUACUCCAUUGCUGGUAACAUCAUUGUCCUCUGGAGCACGCCAGUGCUUAUCUCUGCGCUCACCUUCGCCACCGCGCUCGCCUUGGGAGUCAAGCUUGAUGCUGGGACUGUGUUCACCACCACAACUAUUUUCAAGAUCCUGCAAGAACCCAUCAGGACGUUUCCUCAGUCUAUGAUAUCUCUCUCGCAGGCAAUGAUCUCGCUGGGGAGACUGGACUCAUACAUGAUGAGCAAAGAGCUGUCCGAAGACGCUGUGGAGAGAACCCUGGGUUGUGAUGGUAGUACUGCCGUGGAGGUCAGAGAUGGAAAUUUUUGUUGGGAUGAUGAGGACAGCGAACCUGCUCUCAGUGAUAUCAACUUUAAGGUUAAGAAAGGAGAGCUCACUGCGAUAGUUGGAACCGUUGGUUCAGGGAAAUCUUCCCUGUUAGCUUCGGUUCUCGGCGAAAUGCACAGAAUCUCAGGCCAGGUGAGGGUUUGUGGGAGCACAGGAUAUGUAGCGCAAACUUCGUGGAUCGAAAACGGGACGGUUCAAGACAACAUCUUGUUUGGUCUUCCAAUGGUUAGAGAGAAGUACAAAAAAGUUCUCAAUGUCUGUUGUCUUGACAAAGACCUACAAAUGAUGGAGUUUGGGGAUCAGACUGAGAUUGGAGAACGUGGAAUCAACCUUAGCGGAGGGCAGAAGCAGCGUAUACAGCUUGCACGUGCUGUAUAUCAGGAAUGCGAUGUAUACUUGCUCGACGAUGUUUUUAGCGCUGUGGAUGCUCAUACCGGUUCAGAUAUAUUCAAGAAAUGCGUAAGAGGAGCUCUGAAAGGCAAGACCAUAUUGCUCGUAACCCAUCAAGUGGAUUUCUUGCACAACGUUGAUUGCAUCUUGGUGAUGCGGGAUGGAAGGAUUGUUGAAUCAGGAAAAUAUGACGAAUUAGUCAGCUCCGGGUUGGAUUUUGGGGAACUCGUGGCUGCACAUGAGACAUCAAUGGAGCUUGUUGAAGCCGGUGCAGACUCUGCAGCAGCAGCAACAAUCGCGACAUCCCCAAGAACACCAAUGUCUCCCCAUGCACGCUCUCCGAGAAUGUCAAUGGACUCUCCUCACUUAAGUGAUCUAAACGAUGAACAUGUCAAGUCAUUUCUCGGUUCUCACACCGUAGAAGAUGGCUCGAAGCUCAUCAAAGAAGAAGAAAGGGAAACCGGACAGGUCAGCCUGGGAGUUUACAAACAGUACUGCACUGAGGCCUAUGGCUGGUGGGGCAUUGUGCUUGUUCUGUUCUUCUCUCUGACCUGGCAGGGUUCUCUAAUGGCCAGCGAUUACUGGCUUGCAUACGAAACAUCUGCCAAAAAUGCAAUUUCAUUUGAUGCUUCCGUUUUCAUUCUCGUAUACGUCAUUAUUGCACUUGUUUCCAUCGUUUUGGUGAGCCUUCGGUCAUACUACGUCACCCACUUGGGACUCAAGACGGCUCAGAUCUUUUUCCGACAGAUUCUUAACAGUAUCUUACACGCUCCCAUGUCGUUCUUUGACACCACACCAUCGGGAAGAAUUCUCAGUCGGGCAUCAACUGAUCAGACCAAUGUCGAUAUCCUUAUUCCGUUUAUGCUCGGACUUGUGGCCUCAAUGUACACCACUCUGCUUAGCAUUUUCAUAAUUACUUGCCAGUACGCUUGGCCAACUGCAUUCUUUGUGAUUCCCCUUGGCUGGCUUAACAUCUGGUACCGGAACUAUUACCUCGCUUCUUCCCGUGAAUUAACACGCUUGGACUCGAUCACUAAGGCUCCCAUCAUCCACCAUUUCUCAGAGAGUAUAGCUGGAGUGAUGACAAUUCGAUCAUUCAGGAAGCAGGAGUUGUUUAGGCAAGAAAAUGUAAAGCGUGUAAAUGCCAAUCUCAGGAUGGACUUCCACAACAAUGGCUCCAACGAAUGGCUCGGGUUUCGGCUAGAGCUGAUUGGGAGCUGGGUGCUCUGCAUCUCAGCUUUGUGUAUGGUAUUGUUACCCAGCAAUGUUAUCAAACCAGAGAAUGUAGGGUUGUCCCUUUCGUAUGGACUGUCCCUGAACUCGGUUCUGUUCUUUGCCAUAUACAUGAGCUGCUUUGUCGAGAACAAGAUGGUUUCUGUUGAAAGGAUCAAACAGUUCACUGAUAUUCCCUCUGAAUCCGAGUGGGAGAGAAAAGAAACCCUUCCACCUUUGAAUUGGCCCUUCCAUGGCGAUGUACAUCUCGAAGACCUCAAGGUGCGCUACAGACCAAACACUCCACUUGUGCUCAAAGGAAUCACUCUUGACAUCAAAGGAGGAGAGAAGGUUGGUGUGGUUGGACGAACGGGAAGCGGGAAAUCGACUUUGAUCCAAGUCUUAUUCAGGCUCGUAGAACCAUCAGGAGGAAAGAUUAUCAUAGACGGGAUUGAUAUAAGCACUCUAGGGCUACAUGAUCUCAGGUCAAGAUUCGGAAUCAUUCCGCAAGAACCUGUCCUCUUUGAAGGAACCGUGAGAAGCAACAUCGACCCAACGGAGCAGUACUCUGACGAAGAAAUCUGGAAGAGCCUUGAACGAUGCCAACUCAAGGAUGUUGUUGCUACCAAGCCUGAGAAGCUCGAUUCUUUGGUGGUUGAUAAUGGGGAGAACUGGAGCGUAGGGCAGAGGCAGCUUCUAUGUUUAGGAAGGGUUAUGUUGAAACGUAGCAGACUUCUGUUCCUAGACGAAGCAACCGCAUCCGUUGAUUCCCAAACCGAUGCCGUGAUUCAGAAGAUCAUUAGAGAAGACUUCGCGUCUUGCACCAUAAUCAGCAUCGCCCACCGGAUUCCUACAGUGAUGGACGGCGAUCGAGUCCUGGUCAUUGAUGCUGGAAAAGCGAAAGAGUUCGAUAGCCCCGCUCGUUUGCUGGAGAGGCAGUCUCUGUUUGCGGCGCUAGUGCAAGAAUACGCUCUCCGAUCUGCCGGAAUAUAAAACUUUUACGCCAGCCGGGAAGGAAAAUCAUGUAAUCGACUCAAAAUGUUUUAGAUUAAAAGGACAUCGUUGUUUCAGUGCAGCAACAAAGUAAAAUUUUAAUU